AAAGGUUUCUUCUAUUGUAUUAAAAUUGUUAACGUAUACAGGGGUGAAAGUCUUUUAUUACUGUUUUUGACUUAAAUAUUUGAAUAGUUAAAUUGUGUUGAAUAUAUAGGCACCCUACUCAAACAUGUUCAAGAUAUUUCUCUUUCUCAGAACUCAUCCCGAGGCCGUUUUUCUGAAAAGUGUCACGUUUCCAAAACCUGUCUAGACAAAUCUAGCAUGCUCCCUUCAUUCCAGCUGUCUCUGUGAUGGAGAGAGCCAAGAUACAUGAAGAUCUGAUCUGUCAUUCAUUGAGAUGAGACCCGGGGUGCGGUGGAUUGAUGAUUAAGAAUCGAGGGAAAUUGCUCAAGGUGCUUUAAAUCCAAUCAGACAUCUGCAAAGUUCAUGUAGUAUUGGGCAAAGGCAAGCUUGGAGCUCUUGUGAAACGGAUUGUCUCAUUUCUGUUGUGCAAGAUGUUUGAUGACGACUAGCCGUGAUGAAAGAGAAGAACUGAAAAUCAAGUGAACGUCUUAAGGCGUGCUUUCCGUAAUCAUUGUUUGGAUAAGAUCUUAAAGACGAGAUGCAACCUGCAGCAUCUUGUGAAGCUUUCUAGUGUUUCACUUGAAAUGAAAGCCUACUGUGAAUGAAAAUGCAUUUAAUCACAGCCUCUCUUUAAGAUUAUUGACUGUGUGCAGAGUAUUUGAUGGUCUUUUUUAUCUUAAUGAAUGAUGUCUUCUGUGAUAGUGGAAGCACUUCAUUUUUAUAAGAAUUGAGGCCUUUACAUUGAGAAGUGAAAGCAGAAAGAGGAAUGUGAAUUCAGACUUUUCCUCUGUUGUAACGCAAGCUUGUGUCAUAUGAUGAGUAAAUGUGCAAAACCGUUAUGCAACGCACUGUAAACUUCAUUUGCCUCUAGACACAAAAACGGCCACAUGAAUAUUUCAACAGUGCUAAUUUAGCUGGAUAACGUUCAACACGCAAUGCCUUUUAAAAGAGAUGCACAGAUCGACCGGUCAGAGACCGGAAUUGGCAGAUUUUAUGCAUGAUCAGCCGGACGGCAGUCAGUCUUACAACAUUCCGAUUGUGAGCCGGAAGUCUGAUUCCUAAUGUGAGUCGAGAUGACGUCUCCAAACAUUUCCACUCAGUCUCUGCCCUCCUGCACCUAUAAUGAAGACUUUAAGCGCUACCUCCUCCCAUGCAUCUACAGCCUGGUCUUCAUCCUCGGUCUGCCGCUCAACUUCAUCAUCAUCCUGCGCAUCUGGAACUGUCGGCGCGCACUGACGCGCACCAAGAUCUACAUGCUGAAUCUUGCGGUUGCGGACUUUCUGUACGUCUGCUCACUGCCGCUCCUCGUCUACAACUACGCCAGCAAAGACUACUGGCCGUUUGGAGACCUCGCCUGUCGCAUGGUUCGCUUUCAGUUCUACAGCAACCUGCACGGCAGCAUCUUCUUCCUCACCUGCAUCAGUUUCCAGCGUUACCUGGGAAUCUGUCACCCGCUGACGCCGUGGCCCAGACGAGGCGGGCGCAAGCUGGCCUGGAUCAUCUGCGCGUGCGUCUGGGUGGCCGUGGCGGUGCUUUGCGCCCCUACGUUCGAAUUCGCCGCCACCGGCACCCAGCGCAACCGCACGGUGUGCUACGACCUGAGCGUGCCGGAGCGCGCGCUCGAGUAUUUUCCGUACGGCAUCGCAUUGACGUGUCUGGGCUUCGUCUUACCCUUUGUGGUCAUCUUGGUGCUUUACUGUAAAAUGGCGAAGGUUCUUUGCCAACCAUGCGAAGCUAGAGGAGACUCGUCGGAGGCAAAGACUAAAGCUGUUAAGAUGAUCAUCAUCGUAAUGUUAGUAUUUGCGAUCAGCUUUCUGCCAUUUCACCUGACAAAGACGCUUUACCUGUUGGUGAGGACCUUUCCCACAGCAUCAUGUGAACUGAGGAACUUGUUGUCGGUGGUCUACAAAAGCACCAGACCCUUUGCCAGUAUGAACAGCGUACUGGAUCCUAUUCUGUUUUACUUCACCCAACCCAAAUACAGACGCAGUACACGAACUUUACUACUUAAGAUCACUUCACAGAAAGAGCAGAAGUAAUUUGACUUACCCUUAUGAAAAUUAACCAUGGUUUUACCUCAGUUAAAAAAACAUGGUUACCACAAAAUAAUCAUGCUUUUGGGAACCAUGGUAUUUCUUUAUUCGUCAUGCCAUUCCAGCAUCUAUGGCUAUUUAUGGCAAGAACCGGUUAAUCCAUAAACAAGUUGAUCAUCACACAGGUUAGGGGAGGGGCAGUUUGGUAUCUCCAAUUCACCCAACUUGCAUAUUUUGGCCUGUGGGAGGAAUCCGGAGUACCAAACCACCCACACUGACACAGGGAGAACAUGCAAGGCACCUGACCUAGCUGGGGCUCAGUAAAACCAUGGUUUUGCUAGUAGUAAUCAAUACACCAAAAAAAAGUUACUUCACUUUUACCACAAAAACCCAUGGUUAAUUUUCGUAAGAGUUGUUGUGAGUGGGCCUUAAAUUGUAUUAAAAUACACGUAGACCAUGUGCUAUGCUAUAUUUGAGUAUUAUGCACACCAUGAAGUUUAAACAUUAGCUCCUAUAAUAUAUCAAUGAUGUUUCGUGUAUGAAGCGAUACAAAAACCAUGAAGUGUGUGUGUACAUCGAAGAUUUACUAAAGGAAUGUGACUUUUGACUCAUAUAGUGUUUCUGUAAUAAAAACAUUUAAAGGGUUUUUAUACCCUGUGAAUGGGGGAAUGUGGAUGGUGAGUUUGCCAGAUUUUUCCUGGCUGGGUUUAAUUCAGUUACCAAAUCUCUUAAAAAUCAAGUUUCCAAAAGGGUCUUCAAAAUGAAAACCUUUAUGUUAAGCUUCUUUGUAGUGAUUAAAGGUCCUACUGACUACAAAAAGGUAUGAAGAACUUGGAUUUUUCACUGGAGAACCAGAAAUGGUUUUGUUAUGGCAUCGCUGCAAAGACCCCUUUAACAAGCUUGAUUUUUAAAGAGUAUAGGUCCAGCUGAUCUGUGAAGAGGUAGAGUAUUUUAUUUAAAAGCAGAUUUUGUUUAUUCAAAGUCUGUAGAAAUUAACAAAACUAAUGUAAGAAGUGUAGGAGUGAAAAUGUGAUGGUGUUAUUAUGUGUCUAAUAUUAAACGGAUGCAAACAAAAGCUCCAUCUGGGUAACACAGUACUGCCACAUCUGCAGCACAUUAUCUGACAGUCAUUAUCUCAUUGUGUUUGAUGACUUAAUUUGAUGUCUUGUAUGUCAUGUUAUUAGUUGCACAUGUUCAGGUCCUGAUCCAGGAACAGAGAAAUUCUGUAAAACUCACUCUGUGUUGAUGCGUGGCAUUAAAAAAAACAAGGCAAUUACAUUGCAUUUAAAAUACUUUACUUGAUGUUUAAGCUUUAAAAUUAUCAAAACUAGAAUAGCUGUAUUAAAAACAAGAAGAAAUUCACGUUUGCAAGUGAAAAAAGUAGAAAACACUGCACUGUAAAAACUUUUUUGCUGCCUGGUAUUUUUUUUUUGUUUAAUCAACUCAUUUACAAGUCAUUUUAACUUAUCUUGACUAGAGAUGAGUUGUUAUAACUUUUAAAAUAUAGUUGAAGUAAGUAAAGAUAAAUAAUAGUAGUUGAAAUGACUUGUAAAUAAAAAAAUUUAAGGCAGCAAAUAAAUUAUAUAAUAAUUUUAUCUGUACUGUGACAGGCUUUUGCAUUAUAAAUGUAUGCAUAUUUCCUUCACUUGGCCAGUAUCAUGUCUGUGUAAUUUUGUAUUUAUCUUUAUAAAGAUGAAUGAAUUUUGUCAUUGAAUGAAGGGUGGAGCAAGUUCUGAACUACUGUCUCUGCAUCUUAAAUGGAAUAAACUGCCUGUAGAUGGCGCAAUGUACUCACACAACAAAAGGCAGACACUGCUACCGUCUAAAUAUUGCAUGACAAAGUAUUAUUUUUGCAUUUACAUCGUAAAAUACACUGUACAAAUGUAUACCCAUAUAAUGAAGAAAUUGUCAAGUUAAUACAGUGCCAAUAUUGUCUUUCUACUUGUGUCUAUAUUGUCGUUUGUCUGUACAAAAACAUUUAAGUGCAUAUUCAAAAUAUACUCGAUAAUAAAUGCUUGUCUAAUUAAUAACAGUUCAUGUUCAAAGAAAAUGAAUGUUUGUUUCAUAUAUGAAUAUAAACACGUGAAGUAGAUGUUAAUAUAACAAAUAAAAUCAAAUGUUUGUCCUAAA